UUCGGUCAUCCAAACUAUCGGAGACGAUCCGCCUUCUGUCGCCGUGCUUAAAAAAGCUAUUGGCUAACAUCUCAAAAUUGACCUGUCAGUCAAAGUAAACCCGGGCUUAUGAUUGGUCAGCCUUCGCAGAUAUGAAUCCCCUCCUAUUUUAACACGUUCAGCUGAAUUUCGGGUUCUACUAUCGUUCUCUGCCUUUCUGAACAAUCUCUCAAAUCGGAUUAAUUUCUAGAGCAAUUUUGGACACCACUUCUGGUGAAAAACCUCGGUGAUCCUCCGCUCAUCGAGUCUAACCACUGCUGACAUACAUACCACCGGAUUCGUUUCUCCUCAGUUCCCCUAAAUUAAUAAACUAUGGAUAGAGCGGAUCUUAUUCAGAAGGCCAAGCUGGCUGAGCAGGCUGAACGCUACGACGACAUGGCUGAUUGUAUGAAGGAGGUUACGGAGAAGGGAGGCGAGCUGUCAAACGAGGAAAGGAACCUGCUCUCCGUCGCCUACAAAAAUGUGGUCGGAGCGAGGCGAUCCGCAUGGAGGGUGUUGUCCAGUAUCGGUAUGAAGACCGAGGGGAGCGAAAAAAAGCAGCAGAUGGUUAAGGAGUACCGAGAGAAGGUGGAGAAGGAGCUGGAGGAGAUCUGCAAGUGUGUUUUGAAACUGCUGGACAACUUUUUGAUCGAGAAUUCUACAAAUCCAGAGAGCAAAGUCUUUUAUCUAAAGAUGAAGGGGGACUACUACAGAUACCUCGCUGAAGUCGCUUCUGGAGACAACAAAUCAAAGACCAUUGAGAGCUCCCAGCAAGCAUACCAGGCUGCAUUUGACAUCAGCACCACUGAGAUGGACCCGACACAUCCCAUUCGCCUGGGCUUGGCACUUAACUUCUCCGUCUUCUACUAUGAGAUCCUUAACUCUCCAGAUAAAGCCUGUGAACUGGCCAAAAAGGCAUUCGACGAUGCCAUCGCAGAGCUCGACCAGCUACAUGAGGAGUCCUACAAAGACAGUACCCUCAUCAUGCAGCUCCUCAGAGACAAUCUCACAUUAUGGACAUCAGACAACGCGACCGAAGAGGGCGAAGGUGGAGAAGGAGAGGCUGGCGAGACUGAGAACUAAAGCAUGAUGCCCCUUCUAUUGGGAUUAUCUCCAGAAACAUCAGAAAAAAAACGAAAAAAAAACUUUUUACAUAAUAUUCAUUCCUUAAUGAUCCACUUAAACAUUCUGCCAGGUAAUCCCACAUUAACAAAAUGAUUCAGUUUACACCUCCGAUUUGGACAAAAGAACCCUUCAUCCCUUCUUUCCUUCAGUUAUUGGUUUUGCUUCCCCUUUUCUAUUUGAGCUUUAGAGAAAUUAUUGAUACCCCGACAAGAGUCCACUUUAGAGAGAAGAGAAACUGGAAUUACCGUAAAUGAAAAUUUUAGUUUUCCAUGACGAGUUAUGCCCUAUAAUAAGAAAUACAAAGUUUUGUAAUCCUUUUUAGUGUCUGUCUCUAAACAAAAACAAAAAAAAAGUGGCGUGGUACUGUGAAAGCAACUGAGAUUAAAAAAUUCAAUCAAAUGUAAAACGUCCUACUGCAGGGAAAGUCGGUGUCCCAUUCACAUUGGCAGCAAAUCUGCAAACCCCACCCAGUCCUUAUUGUCGAAUCCUCACUUUCUGUUUGGGUUAGCAUGCCGUUUUAUUUCAUCAACGCAUGUCUGUUCGAAGGGAACCUCUGGGUCUAGUUUGACCAAACGCAGGGAUCCUUUUUAGUGGGAAGAGGAAAUAUUUGUCAUGGUUCUGAGGUAUUACACUGGAAUGGGAACAAUUGCUGUAACUUACAAAUCCUCGUGUCCGUUUUUAGUCAUUUUGAAUGCAGGUUUGUGCACACUCUGCCAUGGAGUGGUUUGUUAGUCUGUGGUUGUCACUAGAGAUUUGGAACGCCAUUGUUUUGCAAUUCAUUCAUUCAUUGUCCCUAAAACGCCUCGUGGAAUUGUUGAACCUGAUAUAUCAGAUGUGAACAUGAAUAAAACAUUUUAUAAACCCA